AUGGUUACAAAGCCAACCACCCAUUUGGCCAAGAAGGCGGGCACUCCGCCCGCCUCCACCAAAGCACAGAAAUCCACUUCCAAACUGUCCCAGAGCGUGAAGUCCGACAGUAAAGUGGAUGCCAAACCCGGGAGGCUGGUCAAAGAGAUCAGAUCAGUGAUGAUUGACCUGGGGACGGGUUACUGCAAAGCAGGUUUCGCGGGGCAGCCUAGACCUUCCCUGAUCAUGUCCUCAGUGGUGGGUAGACCCACUCAGCGCAGUGCCAAGACAGGGGACAACCGGCAGGAGAACUACGUGGGGGAAGAGCUGAGCAACUCAGAGCCCAACCUCAAGCUGGUCAACCCACUGAGGCAUGGGAUCGUAGUGGACUGGGAGGGGGUAGAGGCCAUCUGGUCUUACAUCUUCCAGAAGGGGAUGAAGAUCCUGCCAGAGGAGCAUGCUGUGAUGGUGGCAGACCCUCCCCUCAGCCCCACCACCAACAGGGAGAAGAUGGCAGAGUUAUUGUUUGAGACCUUCAGCACCCCAGCCAUGCACAUUGCCUACCAGUCCAUUCUGUCACUCUACUCAUACGGGAGGACCACAGGGUUGGUGGUGGAGAGCGGGCACGGGGUGACCCAUGUGGUGCCAGUCCAUGAAGGAUACAACAUGCCCCACGUGACAGGCAGAGCUGACUACAGCGGCUCAGACCUUAACGAAUACCUGAUGAAGCUGCUGAACGAGCAGGGCAACAAGUUCACUGAGAAAGGGCUGCACAUCGUGGAAGACAUCAAGAAGAAAUGUUGCUACACAGCCAUUAACUUCGAGCAGGACAUGAAUCUGGAUGUCAAUGAGUACUUGGUGGAGUAUGAGCUCCCUGAUGGGCAUGUCAUUGCAAUAGGGAAGGAGAGGUUCAGAUGCCCAGAGGCUCUCUUCAACCCAUCCCUCAUUGGAUCCAAGGAACCAGGGAUCCAUUCAUUGGCUCUGCACAGCCUGGACAUGUGUGACAGCAACCUCAAGUACGACAUGUACAGCAACAUCCUGCUCUGUGGAGGCUCCACCAUGUUCGAAGGCUUCUCAGAUCGUCUGCAGAAGGAAAUGAACAAGAUGGAGAGAGGGAUGAACCCCAUCGUGCACUCCAUCCCCGAGAGAAAGUACUCGGUGUGGCUUGGGGGGUCUAUCAUGGCUUCCCUCAAGUCCUUCCAGCAGCUUUGGGUUCGCAAAAGGGAUUACGAUGAGCGUGGGCCUUUUGUUAUUUAUCGCAAAUGUUUCUGA